AUGUGGCUUUUGGGCGGUGGAAGUGGUGAUUCCGCCUACAAAACAAAUAUCGAAGAAGCUAAUAAACAUUUGAAUGCCUUAGCUAAAAGGGUAGAAGAGCUGGAGGCGGCUCUUGAGGAGCAGAAGGCGGAAAUGGAUAGAAAGGAUGUGCUUUAUUCGGAAUCCGUGAAGGAACUGCACGAACUGCGAGAUCAAGAAACAGCCGCACUCCAUGCCAAAGUUAAAGAAUAUGGGUCUACUAUUCGGUGUCUGGAAUCAGACAUCCGACGUCGUGAUACUGAAUUAAAUAUUCUUCGACAGCGUUGUCGUAUACUAGAUGAAAUCUUGCGAUACAAAGCGAGUCUCGCUAAGCUUACAAUUACCCUCGAACAAGCCGAACAAUACUCCAAGUCCAUUUACCGAACUACCCAAGAUCAGCGACUUGCGGGCGCAUCUGAGGUCAUGGUGCAUGUGGAUCCCACUCCCCGUCCUACCAAGUCAAUUGAGUAUCUUGUUGAUGAAGUGCCUGAUGACGAGAUAAUUGACCGAGUCGGCGAGGCGUAUGUGAAUGGUGAGAAAGAAAAGCUGAAAAAAUCUGCCCCUACCUUAGCCGAAAAAGCGGCGAAGACGGAAGUUAUGCCUUGA